AUGACUUUUGAACAAUGGAUUCCACCUCAGAAUCAUGUUUCAAGUGCAUCCAACAAUAUGGUUGCAGAAACUGAUGAAAAUAAAGCUGAAACUAUGGGAACCUUGAAACGGCUGCAGAAAUUAGUCCGAACGAAGAAAGCCAGUAUACACAGCUUGGACGACAUCAAGGAUGUUUUGGUAUCUCUCAAUCCACCACCACAAGAUGUUUAUCUCUCUGAAGAUGAGGAUGAAGUUCCAACAUCAUGUAUAAAAUUAACCAAAUCCCAGGAUAAAAAAAUAUUGAAAGAAAAUACAAGGAGAAAGGAAGAAAUGGAGACCAGGACAGACUUUAUCUCUGCUUCUUUGGGCAGAUCAUACACUUCCAGACUGAACAACUUAGGAAAUAUUUCCAUCCGUUCAGAAACUGAAUUUCAGCUCUGGAGUGACUGGAAGCCCUUCCCUGAUAAUCAACUAUGUCCCUGUGAUUUCUUUAUCACAAGGAUAGAGGGAUGGGAAAAAUGUACGUGCUGUUCUCAUCAUCCCCGUCUUACUUGCUCUCUCACAGAUGUGGAUCUCCCAAGUUCAUGGCGAACAAGCAGCUUUGGGAACUUUGAUAAUCGCAGACAUCACUCAGUAUCAAAAUCAGACGAUUCACCAGAGAUGUGUGAGGUGGAUGCUAUAAGUGAUGGUGGAGAACUGGGACAAAACAAAAUGCCAAAUAAUGGAGGGAGCCUUGGAAAGAAAAUGCGGGCUAUUUCCAUGACGAUGAAGAAGAAGAUGGGCAAAAAGUACAUCAGGGCACUUGAAGAGACGAAUGACGAAGGAACAGACCACUCCUGUUCUAAUAGGGACAGUGACCCAGGGGGAGGAUCAAAUACUGAGAAGAUCUCUCUAAAGACCAGCGACUCCAUGGACAGCCUCUAUAGUCUUAAUAGUGGCCGAAGCUCCUCAAGUGGGGUGACUAGUUGCUCAGAUGGGACAAGCAACAGGGACAGCCUGAAGCUUGAUGAUGAAAGCCCUUAUACCGGACCAUUCUGUGGUAGAGCCAAAGUACAUACAGAUUUUACACCCAGUCCUUAUGACACCGACUCUCUCAAAAUCAAGAAAGGAGAUAUUAUUGACAUCAUCUGUAAAACCCCCAUGGGCAUGUGGACGGGACUCCUAAACAACAAGGUGGGGAACUUCAAAUUCAUUUAUGUGGAUCUUAUUACUGAAGAGGAAUCUGGGCCCCGAAAAAUAAAGCCACACAGGAGGAGUAAAAGGUCCAAGCCUAAAUCUCUUCAGGAAUUCUUGCAGCAAAUCCAUCUCCAGGAUUAUUCAUCAACCCUCUUGCUAAAUGGCUAUGAACAACUAGAAGAUCUGAAAGGUCUAAAAGAGAGUCAUUUAAUUGAACUUAAUAUCGAAGACCCAGAGGACAGAAUACGGUUGCUUUCUGCUAUUGAGAACCUCCAGGACUAUCAAAAUGAACCAGACCAGGAAACAGAGCAAGUGUUGCAGACCUUAAGCCCUGACCUGGGCUUUAACAAGUCACAGCUAAAUGACUGUCCAAGAGACUCUGGCUGUUAUGUCUCAGCAGAAAAUUCAGAUAACAGCAAAGAAGAGCCAGAUACAGAAAACCUGUCUGGCAUGAUACAGAUGAUCGCUAUAACUGAAUCAAACUGAAUUUGUUUGCAUUAUAAGCAGGAAGGUUAACACUGAAGUUCCAGCUUCAACAAAAGCACUGAACUUACCUAGUAGCAUGAGCAUGCAAUAAUGGACCAUAACGUAUGUUAUCAAUCACUCUUGAGAUUGAAUAAGCCAUCUGAUUUUUUUUUAAGUUUACAAGAAAAUAUAGGCACCUCUUGAAUAAUUUGUGUUAUUUGUAAUUUUCCUAAAGACAAGGUAAUUUCAUUUUUAUACAUUAUCUGUAUAGUAAAUUACUUUCCUAUCAGAACGAUUGUUCACCAAAAAUUCUAACUACUGUAAAUAGUGUACAUAAUUUUAAUUUUGCAAAUUAAAGGCUAGAUAUCCUGUCCUUUUCAUCUAAGGAAACCUUAAAGUAUUCCUUUUUCUGACAAAAAUACUACUGCAAUUAAAAUGUAGCCAGCCAAAUAUUCUAGUAUGAAUUUUUCUGGGCCUAAUUUAAUUAAUGGAAUGCACAGAGCUAGCUCUAAUAUUCCUUAAAAGAUUUAUGCUAUCAGAAAGUAAAGGAAUAUUCAUAUAUAUCAACUACUUACAAUCACAGUGGGUUUUGUAUUCUGAAUUCUUUAUGCAAGUUGUUCAUUUUUAUACAGGGUUUCUUUAUUCCUCUUAUUGUUUUCUUUGCAAAGAAUGUGGAAGGAGAGUUACUAGCAAGAAAUUAUUUUCUUUGUUGAUUUUUUUGCAAAACAUUAACAGGUGUGAUAUGAAGAUAGAUGUCCAAAAAUAUCUAUUUAUUACAGAACAAUGAACUAAAGGUUUAUACAAAAGGAGUUUAAACAUUGUUUAUCCUUCAGUAAACUGUAACAUCAGUACAUAUAUCACAAGAGCAUUUUUCCAUUUUAUUCUUUAAAAUAUUCCCAUGGAAAAUAAACCAGUAUCACUGAGUACAUGUUAUUCUUAAUGCGAGAGUUUGUAUGGUAGCACUAAAUUAUAUUAAAUAUUUUGCAGAAUCUAUUUAUUGUGUAAAAUAGCAACCCAUAUCUUUUCACUAACUUAAUACUUGCAAUAUAUAUCCUGAGUUUUCAAAAAGGAAAUAAUUUCAUUGCACUUUAGAAGCUGCCAAGCAAAAUAUUUUAGCAAAGUAGGAUGAACUAUGUAAGGAGCCCAGACUUUUUAACUGGAAGUCUGUCCAAGACCUCUUCCUGCACCAAACUCCAGUAUCCAUUCUGGGCUUCAGAUACCCCAGUCCUGCCAGUGAAAUUGCCAGAAUCUGGAGGGUUCUGACAUUUCUGUAUGCUUUCAUGGUGGCCCUGUGUUUUUACCAUAAUAUCGGCAGUCUGGAACUGCAUUGCUAAAGUCACGUGCAGGUCCUUUUCAUACAGUUGCUGUCUCAUACAGAUGUCUUUCUUUCUGAGCAAGUGACCAUCAAGAUGGAAGAAAGGACUGAUCUGAAUAGACAUCAAUUCUGGAAUAACCUUCCAAAUUUUACCGCCGUAGCAUAAGGAAAAUGUCUGUACAUCACUGCAGUAAUGUACCAAGUAAUUUUAAACUCAUAAAGGACACCAUGAUACAGUUAAUAUUUGAUUGAGGCUCUAACCUCUAGGCUAAAAAUUAAUCAGAAAAUGAAGUUUAAAUUUAAAAAAAAGUGUGACACAGGAUGGGACAAGCUAUUCACAAUAUUUACUAGAACAAAUCAGACAGAUCAGGACUGUAAUUCAUUGGUAGAACUUAUCCUUUACAUGUGGAAGGUCUCAGGUUUAAUCCCAAGUAGCAUCUCCAAUUAUGAAUCAGAAGGACUGCUAUCCAAAACCCUGGACAGAUACUGCCAGAGCCAAACUACAUGCUUCUCUAAUGGCAUCGAAUGUAGCUCAGGCUUAUCUUUUUAUUAUUUAUACCUGCUGGUAGAGUAGGAUUUCCACCCACUCACCCCAGGGGGAAAAUCAUAUCAAAGAAGAGUUUGUUACCUUUGUUGCCCUGCUCCCAGUCCAUAGAGUAAAUUAAAAAUAACCCUGGGCUAUAUGCAGCUUGGCUUUCAGUGUACAUAGACGACAACCAGCUAGAUGGGCAAAUCAGCACAAGGCACCUUCCUCGAUGAUCUGUGAUAUCUUGGUACCCUUUGAUAUAAUCAAAUCCCCAUAUCCCUACAUAGUGAGGGUCAGAUGUGCUGCCCCCACAGCAGCUUCAGUGUUGCUAUGGACCUCCUGAACACCUGAAACCCAAACCCAUUUUAAUCCGCUGUGGAUUUCUCCCAUAUAUUUGGUUGGUUACAUGUGUAUAAGUGUCAUGCUAUGCAUUUGAGUGUGGAUGCAGGACUAGUACUUACAGUUAAGAAAAAUGUGCUUCCUUGUGAAAUUUUGCCAAAGGAGAUUAUAACACCAUAAAACACCUUUCAGUUUACCAUUAAGAAAUAAUGCAGAGCCUUUAUUUGAGCUCAUCUGAACUUUCCUUUGCUCUAAGUUAUAUCUCAUAUUAGAAUUUCAAGAAACAAAGAAAUCCCUACUACAAUUUUCUUUUAAAAUAGUGCAAUGUUUUGUCCUAAUGAUAAUAUAUACUUCAAUGCACAGUAAAUACUCUUGAUGUUAAUGGAUUUGAAUUGUUGUGAGCUUUCCAGAGAGGUUUGACUGCUGAGUUGUAUAAAAAUGUAAUGAAUGAAUGAAUGAAUACAUGUUUAAACUAAUUUAAUUAUAAUGUGUGCUUUUUAAUGCCCCUUUGCUCAUUCCCUGAGUGCCAUUUGAAAAGCAGGGUACAAAUAAAUCAAUAAAUAAAUUGUAUCUGAGAA